AUGCCACCCCGGAUACCCUACUUCAGCGCCCUGCGGCAACCGGUAUCAUGGCUCAAACCUCAAGCCCGCCAAAUCUCCAAGACUGCAGCACCGCAAGCAAUCCGUGACGUCCCAUCCGCCUCUAGCAAUCUCCUCGGCCUCGAGCCCUCCGGUGAUCCCAACUUGUCGCGCACCUACCCCAUCGGCAACGCCACCAAGGGGGUAAGCAACAUCUUCACGGCCUACAACAACGAGAGGUACAGCAGGAUGCAGCCGCCAGCGGGCGAGCGGCCAAUCCUGGAUGCGCUCCAGCAAAAGAAUAUUUCCGAGGACUUCAUGCGGCAGAUGCCCCGGCGCUGGCGCGAGGGCGACCUCUAUGCGCCCCAUGACUUGAGCCCCCAGGAGGCGAGCAAGUGGCGCCGCGUCACGACCGCCAAGACGGAUUUGGUGGAUAUGCUAGGGCUGAGACCGCUAGAUAUGUAUAGGAACUUCUCAUUCAUAUCAGAAUACAUGACCACGCACGGCAAGAUCAUGCGCUCUGAGCAGACAGGUCUGCGGCCCGUGAACCAGCGAAAGGUGGCGAAGGCAAUCCGACGGUCCAUUGGGAUGGGCUUGCACCCGAGUGUCCAUAGACAUCCGGAAAUACUAGCCCAGCUGUCUUCCAGCCGAUAUCAGCAGAACGCCCCUGUAGGGAAAAGAACCAACCACUUGAGGGUUUAG